CAGGAGCGACACGAUUCCAGGUGCACAGGAUAGAAUGAAUCGCCGGGAGGACCCGCUGUUACGGCAGCAUCGUAGCCGUUUGCUGCAAUUGGCCGAGGCGACAAACAUCAAGCCUGGCCGUGGCAGCGGGAAAAGACGCGGACAAAGACAGUCACAUGGCUUUGGACCCAGUAACGGCGGACCCAGCCGCGUGACGCUUCAGGAUAUCGUCAGAAGUGAUCCUGGAUACACGCCGAACAUCGAACACUUAGUGUUUCCGGAGCGCAAGAGCAGCAAUCCGAAUUUGGCGGGCGUCGUCGAUGGCUCGCCGCCAAAUAAAUCCAAGUCAAAUGCGACGAGUUCGGGAAGAUCCAGACUCGCCGAGGUUUUCGCCCGGCAUUACGCAAGAGGGUCCUCGCAAGACUCGUCCAUUACGUCCAGGAAAAAUCACGUGAAUAGCACGUCGUUGGACAGUGGGAACGCGAUAGGUCAUCAGCCCGUCGGGCCCACGGUGGUGACGCGGAAUGCCGGGCGCCGCUGGCUCUCGCAGAAUUCACAGUCCUCGAGACAGCACUCGGCCGAGGAUGGGGUACGUGGGGGCAACGUGGGCGUCGGAGGGCCCGUGUCGACCUCGUCCUCGAGUCAGGCCCCCGGCCAGGCCGCACCUCCCGCUCUGCCGCCGCGCAGAGUCAGUCCGGCCGCGGAUACAAGCGAGAUCACCAAUGCGGGUCCUAUCUCGCGUAUCGACAGAGGCCCAAAUGUGUCGAUCCUCCAUCUCCGCAACGCGUCGGCGGACCCUUGGGAGGUCGGGUCUCAGGGCUCCUCGUACAGCGUCGGCAGCAACAAGAGUCAGACAGCGAGCGGCAGAGGAAAAUCCGGCGGGAACACGCGCGGAUCCUACAGCCGCGGCAGUUCGAUACCAUCCCUGAAACGUCACGAUACAUCCACGUCGACGUCGAGCCUCAAGCAACAUCGCCAAGACAGCCAUGGCCAGAUCUCCUCUAGUUCCCGGCGGCGCGAUGCCAUAAACUCCUUCUUGUCGGGCAACAGCGGCACUUCUGGCGAGCUGUUUAUCAGCGGUAAUUGCAGCCGCGAAUUAUCACCCGUGCGAUGGUGCGAUCGCGAGGUCGACGGCGUCUAUCUCGGCCGUUCCGGCUGGGUCCAGGUGCAGCAGCGAUCUCUCGACGAGAAUCGCCGUGCGAAUUACGAGAGCACCUGCCUGGUGAGCGCGACCACCGGUACCCUGCCGUUGUCACGACGGGCGGCGGUUAAGCUGGCGGAUUAUCACUGCAACAGCGAGCCGGGCAAGUGUCCGCAAGAUUUUAGCAGGGGGGGUUUGGACUCGCAGCGACCGGACUUCCUUGCGCUGCACAGCCAGGACUUCGACUCCAUCACGACCAGCGCCUGCACGUCGCCGCACAGCAUCCCGGAAUCCUUCUCGCCGCCGUCGAUCACGCCAAUCAUAUCGCCGCCGCCGGCGUUCCAGGAUGCUGUCGCCGGCAGAAAAUCAUCUUCCGCCAGACACUCGUCUUCCUCCGUUGCUGCGCGCAGCAACUACGGCAGCAAGGCGCCCUUCCUGCCACGAUCGAACGCCAUCGUUGAUAGCGAUAUCAUCAGUCCGCCACCGUCGCCGCCGGCUCAUCAGGUUAACUGGAGCUCUCUGCCGUCCGCGUCUAGAAAAAUUCCAGCUUGGCCGUCCUCCAGAUCGAAAAGACAGAACGCGAGCCAGCAGCAGCAGCAGCAGCAGCAGCAACAGCAACAGCAGCAGCAGCAACAGCAGCAGCAGUAUCGCAUGGCUCAAGCCAAGUCUCUGGAGGAUCAAUCGUCCUCUAGAAGAUCACAGUUUGCGCAGAGAUACCUUGAAUCGUCCAGCUCGUCGUCGUCGUCGAUGGGAUUCAGAAGCCUCGACAGCUGCGUCACAAAAUCCGUUAUGCCUAGUCUGGCGGAGAACACGGAUUCUUCGGUAGAAGGAUAUGAAGAUGGCGAUGAGGAUGAUAAUCCCAGCUCAUCCUUAAAUCUCAGCCUGGUGUCGUCAUCAGCUCUUGCGUUGAACUCAUCCACAGAAUCGAUUCGUGCCAACGGCGAACGAAUCUCGCCCAAUAGGCAAGGGAGAAUCCACAGAAGCCAACAGGGACUCAGAAGAUCGCCCGGAUCCUCCGAGUCGGGAAAACAGAUGUUCAAUUCACCCUCCUCGUCGUCGUCCUCGUCCAGCAGCGAGGGACGACAAGGGCGGUCACCCACGCCUAAUCCAUUCAGACGCGGCAACCCCACGCGACAGCACCAGAGCGCCAGGACCAAUCAGGUGUCGCCCGAUUCUCAUCAAUCUCGGGUUAGAAGAUCCAGGAGUCUCCAAUUGCCGGAGAAAAGGUCGCCAGGAACGGCCGGCCCGCAGAGAGAUCAUUCGCGAGAGUCGAACGAGGCGCAUAGAGUCGUUGUGAAGAUUGUAAAUGAUCGGGGAAGCGACAGGUCCAAGCGCCACGUUCUUCAGAACAGAAAGGCUCAGUCCACCGACGAUACUAUAAACGAUAAUCUUUUCCGUGAAACGGAAAUGGUGACUGAAUAUCUAUAUGGCACGCGUAGUCGUGUCGUACCUAGAAAUAUGUUGUCGAGCCGUUAUGAGCGUCGCGACCAAGAAAACCAAGAACAGAGGCGAGGCAAUUCCAACACAUACGACGUCUACAUCAUAUCUUCCAAGCAGCAACAGCAGCAGCAGCAACAGCAAUCGUCGAAAGCAUCAAAUUCUUCGCAAUCCCAGCAGCAGCAGCAGCAGCAGCAGCAGCAGCAACAGCAGCAACAGUCGCAGCAACAGCAACAGCAGCAGCAAUCAAGACGGCCGCGAACGUUGCAGAGAGGAGCAACGACGCCAAACGCGAACGUGCCGUCUGUCAAUCAGGAUUUUUGCAUGAGCCCGGACACGAAGUUGCGCUGCAACAGCAGCACAUGCGAUUUUUGGCCUCACUGCUCGCAAAGAGAAACGCUGUACUCACCAAAUCAGGCACCGCCGCCGGUCUUUAUGAAGCUGUCGCAGAGUUAUCCGGCACAUCAGAGACUCUCCACCGACGCUGGUAGUCAUCGUGGAAGCGCAAGUUCUUCGCCGGCUUCCCUCGAGCGGAUGGACGAUCGGGAGCUCCGCGAGCGGGACAAUUCGAGAAAGAGCAGAAGCAGCCAGCAGGGCAAGUAUCAAGAGAGACCCAAGAGCGUGCUCAAGCAGGCCAAUAGAUGGUCACCGUUGGAGGGAACCAACGGAAAUGUAGGCUCCGGAGCGGAGAAGAGAGAUCAGAUCAUGCACCACCGAGUGUACCGGAAGCCUGAUUUUCCGGGAUCCUUCGAGGGCGCCGACAACAAGGACAAAAGAGUGUCGCCCAUCCAAGGGAUGAAUGUCGUCAGUAGAUCGCCCAGCAGCGGUCAAAUCGUCUCCUCGUCGACGACCACCUCGUCGUCCUCGAGCAGCGAUAUCUGGAUCACCACGUCGGAUCGCACGGUGACGAAGAGCCCGCGGAAUGCAAAGAGUUCCGGCGCAUCCACGCCGAUGGAGGACGCCGUGAUCGGUUCGCUCAAGAUGGACAGAUUGAUAGAACCGCCGAAGGACGGCACGCUGUCUAGGCCCGGUAGCGCGCCCACCCGAGGUGAAGACUCGCUCACAGGCGACGUCGUCCUGGAUCCUCAUCAACGAUCCUUGUCGCUGCCCAAGUCCUUCCUGACGCACAACACGGCGGACGGGUGAGUAGCUGCACAAUAUUUUCCUUCAGCUUCCCGAGCGUGUGACUUUUUAUCCACAUAGAGAUAGGUUUCACGAGGG